UUCAGCCCACCACGCCCAAAAGUUUCAUUCCAAACGUAGUCGUUUGGGGGGGAGGAAUCCGGGGCAACUUCCUAUAAGAUGAAAGAUCGCUUGAAAAAUAUCGAUUCCAACCUUGUCGACGCGUGUGGUUGCUUUUCUGUCCGGGGAAGUGAAACAUGUCGCCGGCACUAUACCGAAGAUUUACAAUGCCUCAAAAGCCUGUCAUUGGGGAUUCGUACCGGGUGCUUAUCGGGAUCUUACCGGCAUGUCAUUAUUUAGAGUUUUUUAGAAACUCUAAACGUUCAAAUUAAAUGCAUCCCCUUGUCUAACGAACUCUUCAAGAUGGGAUGGUCAAAUAGGGAUCCUCUUAUUCCUCCAAAAGGAAUCACUUUGGGAUAUAUGUUAUUUACAUAAUCUCCACAACAUAAAAGUUUACUUCAAUUAUGUCUUUCCUUGGUUGUUUCUGCUUUGAAUCCUUCAAAUUGACUCCUGAAGAUCGUCGUUGAACCACGUUAUAGAAGGUCUGGUAGUCUCCUGACUCUUCUCUCCUUUCGACAUAUCCAUUUGCCUAAGGAGUCUGCCAUGUCUCUAACAUACGAGCAAUACAAUGCGCUUGAUAUCACAGAGAGAGUUACGUCAGCCGUUUCUAUCCUUGGUAAUCUAUUCAUAGUUCUCACAUACUUUUUUUGUUCAUCCUUCGACAAACCAAUCAAUCGACUCAUUUUUUUCGCAUCAUGGGGGAAUAUUGGUUCGAGUAUCUCGUGCCUGAUAUCUGAACUUGGCACGGCAUCGUUGAUGGAUAAAGCAAAAUUCGAUGCCUCCGGAAUAUGUCAGGUUCAAGGUUUCUUGGUGCAGAUGUUCCGUGGAGUUGAUUGUUACUGGGCAUUCUUCAUGGCCAUCAACGUAUACCUCAUUUUCUUCAAAGGAUAUACCACACAUCAAUUAAGAAAGUUGGAUAUUUGGUACCUGGUUGCAUGUUAUGGGCUUUCCUUCAUACCCGCUUUUGUAUUCUUAUUUGUAUCGACAAAAUCGCGAGGUCGUAUUUACGGAUCAGCUGUUGUUUGGUGCUGGAUUAGCGAAGAUUGGGAUUGGAUGCGGUUGGUUUUCUUAUAUGUUAUUGUCUGGAUUACUAUCCUCUUCGCUUUCAUCGUAUACGUUAUGGCCGCCAAAGUAAUCUGGUCCAAACGUGAACAUCUAAGCGGCUUCCUCAACCCCAUGAACGAGAACCCAUUCGCAAAUACUAUCACGACUGAAAUCGAAAUAACCUACGAAGAACGAUCCAUCGUCAAAGAUGCCGGUGAUCAAGGCAUUUCUGAAAGCGUACUGCACUCGGAUCAAUAUGAAGUAGAAAUCCAAGCGACACCUCAACAAAAACAACAAGAAUCCCAGGCGUAUCAGAUGCGAAGAAUGAGAAGUUUGACCAGAGAGGUUGCAGAAGCUGGAACCAAUCCCGAGGCUUGGCUGUAUGCACGAGUGGCCAUCCUUUUCUUUCUUGCUAUGAUUAUUACUUGGGUUCCCGCGAGCGUCAACAGAAUUUGGCAAAUGGCGGAUCCAUCGACAGUUAACUUCCCGUUGAACUACAUUGAAUCAUUAAUGUUGUCGCUACAGGGUGUUUGGAAUGUGAUUGUGUAUAUCAUCACAUCCCAGACGGCUUGUCGAAGGUUGGCAUAUCGACUGUUUUCAAGAAGUUCGAGGACUAAGACGAGGUUGCCCAGCGGGAGUCCCGAGAGGUAUCCAUCAGGUGGAAAGCAAAGGCUUGAGAGCGUUGCUAGUAAAUGAUUGGAAAUUGCGUGCUAUGCAGCUUCGCUUAUUAACUGUAUUU